AAAGGUCCUCAGUGUGAUGAGAGCUUUUGGCAGGAGAGCAGCACGUUUUUCGUCAUUCGCAGCGAACGGGAUAGGAAAAAAAGUGUGUAAAUCAGCAGCCAGCGAGCAAACAAUAGAUAAAAAGGCAGCCUAUAUAGCGUGUUUUACUUGUCCCCCUGUUUCUGAAAUUGUGGGGAUAAAAUGAAAUGAAAAAGUGGGAACAUUUUGUCACAAAAGUUUGAAAAUUUUGAUAAGAUACUUUCGACUUGGAGGGGUGUCGUGGGUCGUGGUGUGGUCGUCGUGGUGUAGUUGUCAUGGCAACAGGAAGAGGAAUAAAUGAGAUAAAUGUUCCAUCUUCUUCUGAGUCGUAGCGAAGGGUGAAUUAGGUGUUCGAGAAUACAAAAGAAAGAAGUUCGAGUUGCGACGAGGACGGAGGAAGGAAGAGAUUUUUUGUAGGGAAAGAAAGAAGGGGACUGAUAAGAGAAGAGAGAGAUAUCUGAACUGGUAGAAGGGAGAGUUAAAUUUUAAAUUGACAAGUUUUAAAUUUCGAAAAGGAAGAAGAAACCAAGAUAAGAAGAUGUCGUCACCCAGCGCGGGCAAGAGGAGGAUGGAUACGGACGUUAUCAAAUUGAUCGAGUCGAAACAUGAAGUCACAAUUUUGGGAGGAUUGAACGAGUUUUGCGUCAAGUUCUAUGGACCUCGUGGCACUCCAUACGAGGGAGGAAUCUGGAAGGUGCGGGUACAUCUGCCCGAGCACUACCCGUUCAAGUCGCCCUCGAUCGGUUUCAUGAACAAGGUGUACCAUCCGAACAUUGACGAAGUGUCUGGAACCGUUUGUCUCGAUGUCAUCAAUCAAGCCUGGACAGCUCUUUACGACCUGUCGAACAUCUUCGAGUCGUUCCUCCCACAACUGUUGACGUACCCGAAUCCGAUCGACCCCUUGAACGGGGACGCUGCAGCCAUGUACCUCCACAAACCUGAAGAAUACAAAAAGAAAGUUUCCGAGUACGUUCGGAAGUACGCGACGGAAGACGCGCUGCGGGACGCGGAGGCGAACAAGGAUCAAUCGAACGACAAGGCGAACGGUGCGGGGGGUGGGUCUGGCGUGAGUGGGGGCGGCGGCGGUGGUGGCGGGACCGGGAACGGGAACCACUCCUCCACCCACAACAUUUCCUCCGACUCAGAGUCAUCCAUGUCCGAUUUCUCAGAGGACGAAGCCCGGGACAUGGAGCUAUAAAGAAAAUCUACACUUUUAAAAUUAUCGUCGUCGUCAUCGUCGUCGUUAUCGUCGUACUUAAGGCUUUUCGAGUGGAUGCGCCAUUAGAAAUUUGAAUUUUUCAUCUCACCUUACCUUAUAUUUAACGUCUGUAAAUGCAACUUUCUAAAACGCCGUCAAUUUCAUGAAUUUUCAAAUGAUGAAAAUUAUGUUACGUAAA